UACCUGAGAUCCGAGGUGGGCAGAUCAGUCCGGGCGCCGCCAAGGAGCAGCACGGAGAAUCCGGGACUGAGACCGGCUGCGGGACAGCAGGGGGGCCCCCGGGGAGCGGAACUAUGGAUCAGUGCGGUCCUAGAGACUGAAGUGCCGAGCACUCAUACAGACCUAGGAAAAGUUCACUUUGGGAAGAUCAGGACCUUCUACCGGCUGGAUCUGCUUCCUGAGGAUCCACUACAGGAUCAGCUCACUAGGAUCAUAUCAGGAAUCCGAUUCCCCCCUCCAGGAUCCUAUUCUAGAAUCUGAUCCCCCUCCCAGGAUCCACUAAGGAAUCAGCCCAAAGCGGGAUCAACCAGAUAACACCCUCAGGAACUUCAGUAACAAGGACAGCUCAGCUACAGGAUCAACUUCUAUAGAGGUAUUUCUGGAUCUCUUUAGGGAUUAGGGAAGGUGGGCCACCUAAGAAGUGCAUUCCAGCAGGUCCACUUUUGGAUCUGUUCUCCUGGAACCUAAGAAGAAGACUAUCGGGUCCAUUUCUGGUCUUUUCUAACAGGAACUUGAGUCGUGGGUUCUAUCAGGUCCACUUCUGGUCAGUUCUACUGUGAACGUAGGUAGAAGUGCGUAUCCGGUCCACUUCUAGGUUGGUGAAAAGUCCUAGCAGGUCCACAUCUGGAUCUGUUCACCUAGAACCAAAGUAGAAGACUUUCCCGGAUCUAUUCCAGUAGGACCAGGUUCUCCAUUAAUAAGGUCCACUACAAGAAGUCUUACUGCCAAGGUUCUCCAAAGCAAAGAAGAUCCCUCAAAGCAAGUGACAUUCUCCAAACAUGGCUCUCUCCCAGCUCCAGUGUUUGGACAACCACAAUGUCAACUGGAGGUCCAGUGAGACCAAACCAGAGUUCUUUUACAGCGAGGAGCAGCGGCUAGCCCUGGAGGCUCUGGUGUCCACUGGCGAGGAAAAGUAUCAUGAAGUGAUAAAAAAGGAGAACAUCAGGGAUUUCCUGUCUGAGCUGGAGGUGGCCAAGGUUGCCUGCCGGGUAGAGGCAUUUGACCCGGACUUAAGUCAUCCAAGGAAAAAUGAAGACAAGCCUGAGACAGAGGAAGAAGGGGAGCCUCCACUAGAGGAUACGGAACAGUCCUUGGAAUACUGGCCGGAUAGGUCGGACUGCUCCAUCCCAGAGCUGGACUUGGGGUGGCCGGAUACCGUGGCCUACAGAGGGGUGACCCGGGCCACUGUGUACAUGCAGCCUCCUAUUGAUGGACAGCCUCACAUUAAGGAGGUGAUCAGGAAGAUGAUCACUCAGGCUCAGAAGGUGAUCGCCCUUGUAAUGGACCUCUUCACAGACUUGGACAUAUUUAAGGACUUGUUAGAUGCUGGCUUCAAGAGGAAGGUCUCUGUCUACAUCAUUCUGAAUGAGUCAGAUUUGAAGUAUUUCCUACAGAUGUGUGAAAAGGCUCAGAUGCACAAAGGUCACCUCAAGAACCUAAGGGUCCGGACUCUAGGUGGGCCGGAGUUCUACACACGUUUCUCCACCAAGUUUAAAGGAUGCCUGUCACAGAAAUUCAUGUUUGUAGAUGGAGACAAAGCAGCUUGUGGAUCUUACAGCUUCACCUGGUCGGCAGCAAGGAUUGACCGAAACUUACUCACUGUUUUGUCUGGUCAAGUUGUGGAAACCUUCGAUAGACAAUUCCAGGAACUCUACCUGCUGUCUAAGGGGAUGAGCCUCAAGAAUGUUCAGAUGGUCAAUGAGCCAGAGCCUGAACCAGUAAUACAGCCAGCUGCAGUGCCAGCAGGCCAUACAGAAGCAAUGGCCAGGAAAAUGCAUAAUCCUAAAUAUGCUCUGGUGACUGUCAAGAGUGCCAGUGAGGCUGGCAAAGACAGUAAAAAAGAAAGUGACGUAGUCAAGAAAAUAGCCAUCAAACCACGAGCAGCUGCCCGAGAACAGCCGAUGGAUGAGCCCCAGCUUCACCCAGCUUUGCAAGACAUGGAACGAGCUAACAUGUUUGACUAUCUGCCCACAUGGGUAGAGCCAGAGCCAGAGCCUGGAAAUGAGAUCUUAGGAUACAUCAAUAUCAUUGAUCCCAACAUUAGGAAUGCCCAACUCUCUCAGAUGAACAGAAUCAAGAUUUGUGACACUUCCCAAGCUACAGCCCAGUAUAUGCAACAGGCCAAAGAGAUAGAAAGGCAAAAACAAGAGAACUCAGAGCAUGAUCAUGAGGACAGUAAGCCACCCAGUCAAACUAGCUACAACCAAGAACACCAACAUAGUCAUAUGGCAAACCCAUCCAGACAGACCAACCAGGAACAAGUGGUGUCUGGUCACAUCAAUGUUUCUAGACAGGCCAGCCUGGAACAGAAAAUGGAUCCUAGCUCUAGCAAGCCCGACCUAUCUAGGCAGGCAAGCCAUGGCAGGGAAUCUCAGGGUAGCAAGGAUAAUCCAUCUACACAGAGAAACCAAGACCUGGGAUAUGGGUCCAGACAGGCAAGCCUAGAGCAGAAACCUAUUAGUGACAUUGAGACUACUAUAUCCAAUCUGAUUAGUCUAGAGGAGUCUCUCUUAAAUACUGAUAUUAUUAGUGUACAACAGCCUAAUAAUGCCGAUUCAGCAGGCCAGGAGAGUCCGGAUGUAUAUUCUUUACAAAAAUCUGAAGGUAUUGCAGCGCUAGCAGGUAAUCAUCACCUUUUGUCUCACAAGCCACCCCCAGUGCCAAAACCAAGAACAGUGCCUGUAACGGACUUCAUCAGCAUGAAAAACGCCCUCAAUGCCAAUUCGGGUAGAAUAGCGACACCGACAGAAGAAAUCCCUGCACCGUUCGUCAACGGGGUUGAAGGAGACUCUGAACAAAUUGACAUUCUCAUUGAAAACGAACCUGCUCCCAGUGAGCAAGAUGAAGAGUCUAAGGGGUCUGCUGGAGAGUAUUCCUCCAGUGGUUCUGGUUCUUUACCAAAGUCCAAUGCCUCUUCUAUGUCUGAGGAGUACUACCCAUCUACAAGCUUACAAAGGAGGAGUUCUGACCGUAUCCCCAAUGGAGAGCGUCCAUCUCUACAGCGCAAACUGAGUGACAGUCACAUCAGCAGAGGGAGCUUUUCGAGCCCCCUCAUCUCCCAAACAUUUAUGGAUGCAAGAUCAAUGGAAAAUGGAAAGAGAAGGAACACACUGGAAGAGGAGCUGAACCGUGUUCUAUCAUCCAGUCACCCAUUGCAAGGGAAAGACCGGCUUUUCUCUUUGGAAACUCCUCAGAACAUCUUUUUUGUCAAAUGGCGGCCAAAACUGUAUAGUAGAUUCCAGGAGAAAAACAAUUUCCAGUACACUUCCAACGGGCCCCCAGGAGGAUAUGACCGAUUCUCUUCGCAGCACGGGGCUCGGAACGUAGGCAAUGACAGGGGCCAAAGAGAAGUAGGCAUGGAUGGCCCCAGCGCAUACCGCCAUGUCAACAGAAAAUCUGAAGGGCUUGCGUCAAGACCUGGAUUGUGGAGCGCCAAGGACUAUGGCAAAGGAUACACUAGCCCUGGGUCUCAGAGCCCCGUGCCCACCGAUAAUGCAUCAACUCCAUUUGGAAUUCCCUUUUCUAAGCUCUCCCAAACCAAACACCUCAAGAGUAAGCUUGGGACAACAAACCUGGACUCUCGGAGGAGAAGUCAUGGCCCACCGGGGCACAAGGACCUGUAAAAAAGCUGCGUUUAUAGACUUGCCUAUUCAAUCUUGUGUGAAGGGACAAAGAUUAAUCUACAAACGCGGUCAUGGAAGAGUACAUUAUAUGAAUGUAUGAAGGACUGUGCCUGAAUCACGAGUGGCCAUUACCAUGGCCUUUAUGUUCUGCGAAAAUGCCACGACCAUGUGCUGACCAUGGACUGCCUGAAACUUGUAAAUACUUGGUGAGGUGUGCAGAAGUUUUAUGAGGGAUUUUCAUGUCAACCUUCUCUGCCUGUUCUUCUGGUUCUGCAUCUACUGCACUACCGCGCUUUAUGUUUACAUUGAACCAGGUCAAUUUUUAUUGUUUGCGUAGACUGGUUUAAUUUCUCUGUGAAAAAUAUAUUAUUACAGGUCUGAGACUCUGCCCAAUGUUCUCCAAGUGAACCUGUUGUAUGUGGUGGCCUUACUGAGAAGAGAGUUCUUAUUCAUAAAGCCCAACAAGUCCCUGAAAUGUUCCAUCUCAUAGACUUUUUGUAAAAACAACCUCUUUAUUUAUAGUCUCCACUUUCCUAUUAUAUGAGUUGUGUAUGGCCAGCAGUUUGGGCAAUCUCGCCAGUGCCCUGUCAAUAACCUCAACAUUCCAGAAAAUAAUGGCAGUGUUUACAUCUUCCAGAAGUGACAUCAUGAUAUCGCUUCUGGCCUCCCAGCACCCUAGAGAUGGCUGGGGACCAUCUGGUCCACGGCCAUCUUUAUGGAAACCCAGCUGCACUGCCACAUUGGAUACUGGGCACCCUAAUCACAUGGAAGAGCCCGGAGAGGUGCCAGUGGGCAAUGGGAGGUGGGAAGGGGGACAUCCCCUCCUGCCUACUGUAAAAGCAAUCCAGCUGUUAAUGAGCCGCUAGGAAGGCUUUUACAACACGGCAAAUGUUUGGCUGAAGAAAAAGAUACCGGGAUGAUGCCUGUAGCUGAAGGCAUCAUUCCAGUAUAACAGAUGAAAUUCAAGGACGUCCACCCGUCAUGAAGUGGUUAAAAUAUAACCUAUGGCAGUAAAGAACUAUAUAAGGAGAAAAAAAAAUGCUUAAAACCUUAAAUGGGCUUCAGAAUUCACUCUACUCAGCCUAUUAGUAAAAUAUGUAUUCUGAUUGAAUUCUAUGACUUGCAUCACCUAAGAAUAAGAACGUUUCUCUGGCUAAUGCUAAUAAGUUUAGGAAACUUGUCAAAAUAAAUUUUGGGACAAUUUAUUUCUAAUGGUAUAAAGAUAAUGACUGCUCCAGAAUUUGCACCUUUUUAAAGACAUGUCAGCAUUACCAACUCUCAUAUUUGUAUAAUGACAGGUUCACUUUAAGGAUUAUGGGCUAGUUGUUUCAUUUAGAACAUUUAAGUUUAGUUUUACGAAUCUCUUUUAAUUGGUGCUGCUUAAGUUGAGCUCUUCAGUAAGCGACAGAAUGAUCAGGCUGAAAACAAAGGUCUUCAUAGCUCGUUUGUUUUUGAGGAGUAAAACUUCAACUACAAAAGCCAACUUGG